GCAUUCGAACAGGAGACAAUAUAUAACAGGGAAGUGAAAAACAGGAGUCUAAAUGGGCAUUUGCAUAGAGCAGUUGUGAGGAAAGCACUCUAUAAACCUUUGAGUGCUCUAGAAAUAGCAUUUGUUGCAGUUAUUACUGUUAAUAAUUGUUAUUAUGAUUUCUUUCCAAGUAACGGAGAGGUGGGAUAGGACUGUGGCCUAGUGGGUAGAGUGCUAGACUUGGGAGUGAGGAAGAUUUGAAUUCAGAUCCUGCCCCAACAGUUACUGUUUAACCCCACGCACGACCUUUCUUUGCCUCAGUUUCCUUGUUUGUAAAAAAGGGGAGAAUAAUGAUGUUGGUCUGUCCCUCACAGGGUCGACGUGGGGCUCAAAGGAGCUGAUCUGUCCAAAGCACUUUGCAGACCUGCCAGAAACAGCCCUGAGCAGGUGAGAUGGCCGAGGAAUGCUACACAGAGCUGGAACAGGCAAUCCAAGUCCUGGUGGUCAACUUCUACAAAUACGUAUCCAAGCACAGUCUGGUUCGGAACAAGAUCAGCAAAAGCAGUUUCCGAAAAAUGCUGCAGAAAGAACUCAACCACAUGCUGACAGACACCAGCAACAGGAAGGCAGCUGACAAGCUCAUUCAGAACCUGGAUGCCAACCAUGACGGGCGCAUCAGCUUUGAUGAAUAUUGGACCUUGAUAGGUGGGAUCACCUGCCCAAUCGCCAACCUCAUACGCCAGCAGGAGCAGCAAAGCAGUGGCUAGCAGCCCUUCUUUCUCCUCCGGAACCUCUCCUUCCCCUCCCUGUCAAACUGCGGCCUUCUGGCCUUGAACUUCAUCCUUUAGGCUCCAGCCUUCUUCCAGGCCCUGCUCUUUCUCACCUUUUCCUUCUCCCCAUGGACUGCUCUUCCCAUCUCUAAUGAACUGGGGGAGGGUGAGAUAUCGGGGACCCCCGUGGGGCGUCUCAGGGUCCCUUCCCCUUUGCCCCCUGUCCACCUCCUCCCCUCCUUUCCCUAGUCUUCUUGAGCUGAAGCAGUCUCUGGGGCUUGUCCUCUGGCAUCGCCCUGGGUUGGGAGGCUUUGAUGACUUGUGGCAUCUUGGGUGCCAGCAGCAUCAACUCAUUCUCAAACCCUCUGUCCCUAGUGAAGUAGGGACAAAAAACAAAACAAAACCUGGCUGGGGGGGGGGGGAACUCUCUGUCCCAUGGUCUAUUAAGGACCCUAGCAAGGGCUCCUGUCUCACCCCCUUUCCCCUUCCAUUCUGCAAUAAAAGCUGGAUUUGGAGUCUAAACCCCUUCUCACCCUGGUACGCUUGUGUCACUCAUUAAAUCUCCUUACUUCCUCUUG